UGUCCGAGCUUCACAAUGCCACCCAAGGAUGACAAGAAGAAGGAUGCUGGAAAGUCGGCCAAGAAAGACAAAGACCCAGUUAACAAAUCCGGGGGCAAGGCCAAAAAGAAGAAGUGGUCCAAAGGCAAAGUUCGGGACAAGCUCAAUAACUUAGUCUUGUUUGACAAAGCUACCUAUGACAAACUCUGUAAGGAAGUUCCCAGUUAUAAACUUAUAACCCCAGCUGUGGUCUCUGAGAGACUGAAGAUUCGAGGCUCCCUGGCCAGGGCAGCCCUUCAGGAGCUCCUUAGUAAAGGACUUAUCAAACUGGUUUCAAAGCACAGAGCUAAAGUAAUUUACACCAGAAAUACCAAGGGCGGAGAUGCUGCAGCUGCUGGUGAAGAUGCAUGAAUAGGUCCAACCAACUGUACAUUUGGAAAAAUAAAACUUUAUUAA